CAGGAUCUCUACAGAUAAAGGAAGUUACAUUCAGGGAAAGUGAAGGCAAUUUUGUAGGAGAGCAAGACUUUGUGCUUUCACUGACUGUGUGAAUUUAAUGUUGAAUGACGUUCUUUGUUUAUGUUGCUCACAAAUGAAAAUGUUGGUUUUAAAAUCAUUUUUUAUAUAAAUUGUUUAGAGAUCUUUAGCUUGCUCUUAAAUUGAUCAAUAUUGGAAUUAAAAACUGUAAGGAAACAUAUGGUUGUAAUCGUGCAAAGUGAUAAGUGUGUAUAAAAACAAUUUAAUGCUUAGUAAGAAAAACAAAAAAGAUUCUUGUGUGAAUUUAUAGUCAAUGCUCAAUAAAAAGUAGCAAUAAUUCUGGAAGUGCUGUUACGUUUGAAAGAAAAACUAUUCUUUUCAUGUACUUAAAGGAUAGUGAUCAUAAUGACCUGACCCCAGCUGAGAAGAAGCUUCUUGACACAAUACAGGAGAGGAAGGCUCAACUUCUGCUGGAAAUACAGCAAUUAAAAAAUGAGAUAGCUGACGUUACCACGGAAAUUGAACAGAUGGACGAUGGUUCCGAGGACAGUAAGAACAACCCAAAGACCAAGCAGAUUAGCAUUGGCAAGAAGAAGUUUAACAUGGACCCUAAAAAGGGUAUUGAGUACCUGAUCCAGAAUGAGUUGCUGAAACAGACGCCUGAAGAUGUGGCCAAAUUCCUUCACCAGGGCGAGGGACUCAACAAGACCGCCAUUGGAGAUUAUCUGGGAGAAAAGUCUGACUUCAACAUUGCUGUGCUGAAAGCUUUCGUCAAUCUGCACGAAUUCUCGGACAUGAUCCUGGUGCAAGCUCUCAGGCAGUUCCUGUGGAGUUUCCGUCUGCCGGGCGAGGCUCAGAAGAUUGACCGUAUGAUGGAGUGCUUUGCAGAGCGCUACUGUGAACUCAACCCGGGCAUGUUCACAAGCUCAGACACAUGCUACGUGCUGUCGUUUGCCAUCAUCAUGCUGAACACAAGCCUCCACAACCCCAGUGUGAAGGAGAAGCCCACAGUGGACAGGUUCAUCACCAUGAAUAGAGGCAUCAAUGACGGCGGCGACUUGUCUCCAGUUCUACUCACGAACCUGUACGACAGUAUAAAGAAGGAGCCAUUCAAAAUUCCAGAGGACGAUGGCAAUGAUCUCAUGCACACGUUCUUCAACCCUGACAAAGAGGGAUGGCUGUGGAAGCAAGGGGUCACUAAAUUUGGCGGCCGAUACCGUAGCUGGAAGAGGCGAUGGUUCAUCCUCAACGACAACUGCCUUUACUACUUCCAGUUUACUACGGACAAGGAGCCGAAAGGCAUCAUCCCUCUGGAGAACAUCCAGGUGCGUGUGUCCAACGACAAGUCCAAGUCUCACUGCUUUGAGCUGUACGCACAGCAGGAAAACAUCAUCAAGGCUUGCAAGGUUGAUAAGGAAGGAAAGGUUGUUGAAGGGAAGCACAAUGUGUACAAAAUGUCUGCGGCAACAGCUGAGGAGAAGGAGGAGUGGAUCAAAUGCAUCAAAUCAUGUAUUAGUGAAAAUCCAUUUUAUGACAUGCUGAAUGCACGCAGAAAGAAGGCUGCUCAAGCGAAGUAAGCUUCCACGAGACACUGAUCAGUCUUGAUCACCGAAAUGCACAGUGUAAACUUGAUAUUGAUUUUGUAAUUAUUCUUAAAUUAGUUAUUUCUGUGAUCAGUGUCACUUUGAGAGAUCAGUAUUUCAAAUGUACAAAUUAUAGGUUCAUAACAAUGUAAACAUUGUAUGUGUAUAUUGUUCACAGUGAAUUUUAAUAAAUAUGUAUUAUAGAUCAUUGCAACUACAUAAAUUUAAAAAAAAAUCCUUGUCUUCAUUGGUGCUGUCAAAAGGGGCACAAACUCAUUUGUGAUACAUGGCUGGGACAUGGCAUAUUUUGAACACAUAAUGGUGUGACUUGUGCUGAUAUUAUCUGAAGAUGUGUGUUUAUGUGUGUUUAGCUCGGCUGUUUUCGGAGAAAACCCGAGGUAUUGUCAUAGCCAGCACAUUGUCAGGCAUCUGCCGUAUGCGUCGUGCUAAAACCUUAACAUUGGCUCUAAAAUCAAAGUGCUUCCACUUACAACAUUGAAACUUCAUAUGUAUCUGCACCUUGAUGAGUUCUACACGCCACUACCAUUUUUGGGUCACUAGGUCAAAUGUCAAGGUCACUGACAGCUAAUAUUCUUCUGACAAGCUUUCAUUUAUUCCAAACUGCACCCACAGCGGAGCGUUGGCACCCGUUAUGCACCUGCUUUGCUUAAGCAGUCACACACUUGUAAAAUUGUAAAGGUAUAGUUAAAUAACUAUAUGUUUGUUUAGGAAAUGUAACAUGGUGAUCAUUUUUUUAAGUACUUCAAUUGAAUCAAAUUAAACUUAUUUAUCAAUAAUUUCAAUUGAUGUUUUUUACUGUGAUUUUUGAAAGAAAAUUAAUCAAGUUUUAAUAAUUGUGGAAGAAUGACAAUCUUUCUUAUACAAUAUACACACCUUGAGUUAUGUUUACACAAGCAUCAAAAAUGAAUUUGUUUUCUGGUGUUUCGUAAGAAAGUAAUGUCAGUUAUGUAAGCAAUAGUUGUCACAGAAAGGAUCGUUUGAUUUAGUCAGGGAAUGGCCAGUCAUAUGUUAUCAUAUUGUAUAUACUCAUUCACUUUAUAACUUAUUUUAAAAUUUUGUAUUUGUUUUAUUCUAAAUUUUGUAUUUGUUUUAUGCCGUACAAAUAGCCUAAAUAAAUGUGUUGGAGGUUAAUUAGUUAUUCAAUUGAUUAACAUUGUUACACAGACUAGUGUUCUUGUAAAAUAAGUGUCUUGAUCAAUUGUUUAAUUGAUACAGUGGCUUUGUGCAUAAAGUUUUCAAAGUAAGGAAAAGUAUUGCAGUUUCUCUGACAUGACAAUAAAAUAAUUAAAAUUGAAAUAAUUAAAAUUUAUACACACAACAAAUAUAUACUUCUGAAAAAGGAAUUGUUGUUUAAAUAAAUUAUCUUUCAAUUUAAUAUAUCAAGUAUGAUGGGAAAUUAUGUUGAAAAUCUUCUUUUUAAAUUUUAAGCUCAGGUUUAACCAAUAUUGCUGUACUUUUAUUCCUUUGACAUACACGUUUUGAUGGAAUUAAUAUUGAUGCUAUUAAACAUGUUCAUGUAAUAUGGUAUUUAUGUUUUUGAAUAAUGGUAAAAGCUUUCAGGUAAAACAUUUCACAAUAGGUGCUGGACACCUGUGCAUAUAAACAAACAUUUUUUGUGAUUGACAUAAAACAUAUACAUGUGUAUUGUCAUGAUUUGGGUAAGAGAAAAAUUAAAACAAUACACUGAGCAAGAUGUUCUUAGAAUACAGGUCAUAUAUUUUAACUUAUUGUUUUUGAAGAUUUAGACUAGAUGCGCUGUUUCCUUCAAAGUUGAUUUGUCAGUCUAGCAGUGUAAAGCUGCUUUAACUUGUACAUGAAAUACUAGAAAUAAACUAUCUUUAUUA